AUGUCCAUUCCUCUUGGAUACCCCUCUCAACCUCCAGGCUCUGUAUGUAGACUCACCAAGUCCCUUUAUGGACUCAAACAUGCCAAUAGACAGUGGUUUGAAAAGCUCACAACCUCCCUCAAAUCCAUUGGCUUCAAACAGAGCUAUAUAAACACCUCCUUGUUCACCUACAUCAAUGGCCAACAGUUUACUGUCCUUUUAGUAUAUGUAGAUGACAUAAUCCUAGCAGGAAAUAAUCUUUUUCAUAUGUCCAAUGUCAAAUCCCACCUUGAUCAAGCUUUUAACAUAAAAGACCUUGGAGCACUUCAUUAUUACUUAGGCAUUGAACUUUUCAGAAACCACAAUGGAUUGUCUCUCUGUCAAAGAAAAUACACUUUGGAGCUUCUCUCUCUAGCUGGUGUUUUAGAUUCCAAACCUGUAUCUACACCUCUAGAACCAAGUGUGAAAUUGGAACCAAACGAGGGUGAUCUUUUACCAGACCCUACCUUGUAUAGAACACUUGUUGGGAAGCUCAUAUAUAUUACCAUCACAAGGCCUGACAUCACUUAUGCAGCACAGGCUCUCAGCCAAUUUUCUCAUUCACCCAGGACAACACAUAUGAAGGCUUUGCUCAGAACUCUAAGAUACCUCAAAUUAUGUCCUGGUCAAGGAAUGUUCUUCUCUACAGCACCUUCAAACUCCCUCAUUACCUAUUGUGACAGUGAUUGGGCCAGUUGUAAUUACUCCAGAAGAUCAGUCACUGGCUUCACAAUCUUCUUAGGCCAAAGCCUUAUCUCUUGGCAAUCUAAGAAGCAGAUAGUAGUCUAUAGAUCUUCAACUGAGGCAAAAUACAGGGCCAUGGCAGACACUUCCUAUGAAAUUUCAUGGUUAAAAUGCCUACUACAUGAGUUACAGGUUCCAGUCUCAACACCCACAAUUAUUAUGUGUGAUAACUCUUCAACCAUUUCUUUAACCUCAAAUCAUGUUCAGCAUGCAAGAACCAAACACAUCGAGAUAGACUGCUACUUUGUAAGAGACAAAAUCAAGCAAGGUCUUUUACUACCAAAAUUUGUACCAUCUCAUGCCCAAGUUGUUGAUCUUCUUACUAAAGCUCUACCUCGACAUUUACACUACAACUGCUUAUCGAAGUUGGCUGUGUGCAAUCCCUACUCAUUGCCAACUUGCGGGGGGCAUAAUAUCAUACAAGAAAGCAUCACAGAGGAGAAUGAUCACUAA